UCUUGCUUCCGGAGCGGCGGCGGCGGCGGGGAAGGAGCGAGCGAGGCGGCCGGUCCGUCAGCGCUGAAGGAGCCGCCUGGCCGGUAGGUGCAGGCCCAUCCCCAUCAUCAUGUUUUGGAAGUUCGAUCUGAACACAACGUCCCACGUGGACAAACUGCUGGAGAAAGAGGAUGUGACCCUGCGUGAGUUGAUGGAGGAAGACGAUGUCCUGCAGGAGUGCAAAGCCCAGAACCGGAAGCUGGUGGACUUCCUCUGCCGGCAGGCGUGCAUGGAGGAGCUGGUGCAGCUGAUCACCCGCCAGCCUCCGCUGGACGUGGAUGAGAAGGUUCGCUUCAAGUACCCAAACACGGCCUGUGAGCUGCUGACCUCGGACGUGCCCCAGAUCAGUGACCGGCUGGGGGGAGACGAGGCCCUGUGGGACGUCCUCUACGGCUUCUUGGACCAGGAGCCUCCCUUGAACCCCUUGCUGGCCAGUUUCUUCAGCAAGACCAUCGGCAGCCUCAUCGCUAGGAAAGCGGAGCAGGUGAUUUCAUUCCUCAGGAAGAAAGCCGAGUUUGUCGAUCUGGUGCUGAAGCAUCUUGAGACGUCCGCCAUGAUGGACCUGCUGUUGCGACUGGUCAGCUGCGUGGAGCCGGCUCCCCUUCGCCAGGAAGUGCUGCAGUGGCUGAACGACGCAAAGCUUGUCCAGAGGCUGCUGGAGCUGAUCCGCCCUCACCAGGAUGAAGAUAGACAAUCCAAUGCUUCUCAAACCUUGUGUGAUAUCAUCAGGCUGAGCAGAGAUCAGACCAACCAGCUGCAGGAGGUGGCUGACCUGGACCCUCUGCUGGCAUCCCUCGAGUCGCAGGAGUGCGUGGAGCAGCUUCUGAAGAACAUGUUUGAUGAGGGAUUGACGGAGACCUGCCUUGUGAACGGGACCCAGGUUUUGCUGACGCUGCUGGAGCCGAGGAGAGCUGGCUUGGAGUCACUUUCUGACUCCUUCUCCCAGGGGUUUGAAAAAUUCCACCCUGUCAGUAGCAGCAUCUUGCAGGGCAUCGAGCCACGCCUGAAGGACUUCCACCAGCUGCUGCUUCAGCCCCCCAAGGUGGCUCCUAUCCUGACGACCAUCGGGAUCCUGGAGGAGCCCCUCGGCAAUGCUCGUCUUCAUGGCACCCGCUUGGUUGCCGCCCUGCUUCACACCAACACGCCCAGCGUUAAUCAGGAGCUGUGCCGGCUUAACACUAUGGACCUGCUGCUGGACCUGUUUUUCAAAUACACGUGGAAUAACUUCUUGCAUUUCCAAGUGGAGCUGUGUAUCACGGCCAUCCUGAUGCACGCCGUGCCCGGAACCAAGCUGCUCACGGAAAACGAGGAGGAGGAGGAGGAGGAGGAGGAGGAGGGAAACGUCUCCUGGGAAAAUGCAGAAGCGCCAGAGCCCCUCCUACUGACUCACCUCUUUCAAAAGUGCUGCUUGGUCCAGAGGAUCCUGGAUGCCUGGGAGACCAACGACCAAAUCCAGGCAGAAGGAGGAAUGAGGCGUGGCAACAUGGGCCACCUGACCCGAAUCGCCAACACCGUUGUGCAAACCGUGGAGAAAGGUCCCGGGCAGAGCCGGAUCAGGGAGUUCAUCAGAGGUCUCCCUGAAGAUUGCAGAGGCCGCUGGGAGAGCUUCGUGGAGGAGACUCUGGUGGAAGCCAACCGAAGGAACACGGUGGAUUUGGUGACGGCUCACCACCUGCACUCCUCCAGCGAAGACGAGGAGGCCAAGGCCGCCUUCCCCAGCGAAGUCUCUCUCCAGCAGGCAUUCUCCGAGUACCAGGUUCAGCAGAUGACGGCCAUUUUCAUGGAUCAGUUCGGCUUUAACGACGAAGAGUUUGCUGAUCAGGACGACAACAUCAACACCCCUUUUGACCGGAUCGCAGAGAUAAACUUCAGCACUGAUGUAGAGGAUGACAGCGCCAGCGCAUCCCUCUUUGAAACCUGCUGCAGCGAACACAUCCAGCAAUUCGAUGACAGUGAGGAGGAGGAGGAAGAGGAGGAGGAUAUUUGGGAGGAGAACGACACAAACUACGCCGCCCAAGCCAAGUCACGGUCGCGCUUUGGAGGACUUCGUUCCGUGGAAGGUUCAAGCAAAGGUAGCCUAGAAAACGGGGAACACGAUGAUGGCUGCAUGGACUCUGGGGAAGAGGAGGCCGAGAAGGAGACAGCUGCCCAUUCCGAGGACCCCUGGAAGGCAGAAAACCCGGCCACAGAUCCCUCCUCUGAAGGGUCUGGGUGGAGAACGGCCGCUGAGCCCGUGAAGUCCAAGCCUCCGGCCGCUUGGGUGGCCACAGACGUUGGCUCCAGCAUGUGGGAUUCCGUAGUGCCCGGCACAAAGGCUCCCGAAGAGCGGGGCUGGGCCAAGUUCCCGGACUUCCAACCCUUCUGCUGCUCCGAAGCGGCUCCCAGGUGCACCUCCCCUGUGGACAAGGAGAGCCAGGAUUGCGAGGGAAGGGCCAGGCAGAGCCAGGAAGAGAACUCAAGCGCUGCCCCCCCCUGCGCCUGGGACGUCCGCCUGGCACGGAAGGCCCCCUUGGUCGCCUCAGACAGCAGCUCCUCUGGCAGCUCAGACAGCGGGGAAGAGGAAGGGGCGGCCAGUGUGGUCACAGACACCGCCGGCACGGGUCCAGGCCAGGAAACCCUCCUGCCCACCGUGGACGCUAAGGGCGAAAAGGCCCUCUUCACCAGCGGUAACAACGCCGUGACGGUUGAGACGGUUCCUCUGACAAGUGAAGCCGCACUCCAGAUCCCUCCACGUUCUUCUGCUGCGGCUGCCACAUUGGAGGCCAAGAGGGAUGGCAGGAAUGAGGAGCCCCACCUGGGAACAGAGGCCCCGCUGAAAGGCCCCACUUGACGGGGGACAGCCCGAAGAGUGCCUGGCUGCAGCUGGGCUGCCCAGGUGUCCAUUGCAAUCCAGGCUGCCUUUGCAGAGGAGAGAGUGCGGAGGAGAGCAGGUCCCUCUUCAGCCGUGGCUUGAGUGCAGCAUGCGCUCCUCUUCCUCCAGCCCCUCCCCCCCAGCUCCAGCCACGACUGACCUGCACCGGUGCCCAUUCUUGGCUUGGCUCUUGCGGGCAGAAGGGAUGGACGGGCCGUGAUCUCCCAGCCUUGCAUCCGGGACCUUCUGCUCUCCAGGAAAACCCUGGACUGGCCCAGUGGGGUUGGGACUCCUCUGCCAGCUCUUUAUCAAGCAAUAUCAAGCCUUAUCAGGAAUGCGGCUGCUGCAACGUGGGAAGGUUUGGAGAGGGGAGCAUCGGCAGCUGGUCUCCCGAAGGACAGAAUUUCUUGCCACUCUUGGCAGGAAGGAAAGGAAGGAAGGCAGGCCAGGGGAGGGACUUAGGUCAGCCAGCAUCACCCCUGGGGACAAAAGUGACCUUGCAAGGAAGGAGGUCCCGGAGCGUUUCUGGGGUGGGGUCUCUGGAGACUUCCCUUUCACGUAGAGUUUGAUUUCUCCUUUGGUUCGUUUAAUUUUGUAAAAAUUUUAAUAGAAGCAAGAACUGCAACACUUUGCACUUUGGAUCUCAUGCCAACCUUGAAAGUUGGAAGAGACAUUUGCGGAAGCCAUGCCAGUAUGGCCUGGCAAUGCCUGAGGAGCACGAGCCGUGCCCUAGACGAGAUGUGGACUCUAGGGCAGCCCAAAAGGCUCCGUGGGGUGGGGCAGCCUCCCUCCGUCCCCCAGCACAACAAUCAGCUGCUGCAGAAUCGAGACUGUGAAUUUGGCCCUGAGCCGUUGGAUGGAAUGGGCUCCUUUUGCCCCUCCUGGUGUUCCCAGGCUCCGUGCAGCCACCAGAUCUUCGCCAAACCUCAGUGGGACUUGCUGAUGCUCAUCAGUGGCAUAUGAAGAGGGGUGGGGAUCAGAUACUUUGGAAUCAAAAUCUUUUCUGGAGCAGGUGAAGAAAACUGGUUUAAAUCUGGCACAGUUACAGUCACCCACCCCCAAACAUAACAGUGCUCUUUGUUUUUAGAAAAAACUCAACCGUGUCUCUGUGGUCCCAUGUCUUCUGCAAAUUAAAGCGUUGGCCAGAAGCCUUUGAGGAGCAAGGCCAGCCCACUUUCCUCCCACUGUGUGAGCUGUGUGGUUUGUGGUCAGGGAACUGAUGAGCGGAGGCCAUAUCCUGGGUGUCAUUUACUGGGGUGAAAAUUAAUUUUUGGACUGCUUUUUCAGUGAGGGGUUUGAAAAAUGUGUGUUUUUACACCAAGCAUUCAAAUCUGCUGUUAUUUUUGCAAUUGCACAAGAUUUAGCUUGAUCUGGUAUAAAUCCACCUCUGAUCAUACAAAAGUAUUUUGUAACCCAAAUACUAUUAACUUUAUCUUCUCAAAAUUACACUUUGUGCUAGAAAAGUUAAGGAUUUUUUCUGCAUGAAUCUUACCUAGCUAAGCAAAAAAAGUAAUCCAUGCAAUCACAAACUAACAGAAAGGAAUUAUCUGUGUUACAAAAUUUUUUAAGUGAGUUUCAUCCAGCCGUGUUUUGAUCCAUUUGACCUCAGCCACUGACUUGCUUCUUAGCCUCUGAUGUAAGCCUCGUGUUUCUCCUGUGUCUGCCCUCUGCUUGCUGCCUCUGUGACCUGUUACCACAUCCCUGUGUUGAUUGGGUUUGAUGGGGCCACUGUGGCACUUGAAUUGGUUUAGCUCUGUAAACUGUUGUCAGUUUGUACAUCAUAUUCACCUUCAGACCAACCGAUCGGCUCCAGCAGAGUGGAUCCCCUGGCUUUGAUUAAAGGCGUUUUUCUUGCCCGUUCAGAAAAAUCUCCCAUCGCCCUGGCGUCUGCACCCCUCAAAUCAAUGAUCUUUUGCACACCAGCUUUCCUCUCUUGGAUGUCAUCUGAACACAAGAGUGCCUGAAUUAUCACUUCACUGAAAGAGAACCAUACCGAGCGCUGAACGGUUGGCAAAACAGCAGCUACUACAGCCGCCAUUCGCAAUCUGACUUGCUGCAGCUGGAACAACAUACGACACAGGCCGCCUUCAAUCCAGGAACGUUUUACUUCGAUGUUGAAUCAGCAACAACUUAUUCCACUACCUGUCAUGAUCCCGACUAACGAACCCAAACAAAUCAGAACUCUGAAGCUGAGGACUUCCUCUAAGGGCUUCUUUAUUGGGUACAUCAUUGGCACGAUCAAAUGGAAAACCAACUCUGUUUCCCGCGGUUUCAGUAUAAUUACAACAGGAAAUAACUCCCCCCAAAAGUCACAGGUCAUGGCCAAUUAGGUAAAUUGGUGGGCUCUCCAGGCACCCCUCCUCAUCUCUAUUCACCACCUGUAGAGAUGACUUUGGUUCCCACGAGAAAGUUCUGUGUUUUGUCUAGCAAUGUAUUUUGUUUUCCUCCCCCCCCCCUCCCCCAUGUGGCAACUGAGUAGUAGAAAAAAUAGCUUCUGCCAGGUUGGAUUCAAAGUUGGCACUACCAUUCUUAAGUUUUAGAGAGUUUUGCAUUUAAAGGCAUGUUUUGAAACCCAUAAUCGAAAAAAGCCUAUUUUCAGUUCAGUUCUAUUUUCAACCAGUGUGGUUUAUGGGACCAAUUUUCAGAAGAGCCAGAUCUGUGGUAAGUUCUCCUGUCGUUGUUGUUGCCUGUGUGAUCCUAUGUGUGUACACUCAAUCAGUAGAGAGAUCCUUUACAACACUCGCUCAGUGAAACGAGAGGCUCACCAGUUGAAACUGAUGAAUGAAGGAUCAGUGUCAAGUCCUGUUGCCUAGCCUGUUGCCAGUUUUACCAGCCCAUUUGCUGUUGCACAAGGUCUUCCCAUCCAAUUUUGGGCUUGUCAUAGAGGUAACUCCUUGCUGUGGAGUGCACACCAGCAACCAGACCAACUUCCGGUCAGCUUGACCUCUGUCCAGGGCAUGGCGCCGCCUUCACAGGCAGUAUUUAACAUUUGUAGAAUCUCCCCCAGUGGCCUUCAAGCUUUUGUCAAUGCCUGCCUUCUUCAUGAAAUGCGCCAGAAUAUCUGCCAUCACUUGAGCAGGUUUUCCUAGUUUUGAGCCUUUAUCUGGACUGAAAUGAUAAAAAUUCCACCCAGCUCAAUGCUCACAGAAUAAUCUUUGAUGGUCCUGGAGAAUUGCUGGUCUGAAUUGUGUGCUUUCAGCACAACUCUAGUUGCAUCUGUACAGCCAUAGGAGAAGAUGCAUUCUAUUUUGCCUUCUUGCAGAGCUUAUCAAAUUGAUCUAAGGAACUUCAUAAUUUUUUCCUGGCCUCUUGACUUUAUUGUGGUCAACUGCAAGUCUCUGGUCUUCUCCGGUGAUGAAGCCAGGAAAGUGGCUGUGGCAAUGGCAGUAGACCAACACGGUGUCUUAUGCUGUCUACUAAUCGGGCAUAUGGAUGUGAAAACAUUUGAUAUUUCUAACCUACUGUAUUCUGUCCUUACUUUUGGAAUUGAAGGCACUUGUGUUUGGUCUAAGACCUCUUCGUAACUUCCAUCACAUUCCUCUUCUUUGGUCAUCUGUCCAUUUUCAUCGUAACAGAUAUUUCAUUUGUCAGUAUCAAAAUGUCUGGAACACUCUGCUUAUAUGGCUCAUCGUCUUGCUGCUUUUGCCGUGCUGUUUCUGCUUGGGCCCAUCUGGCAAACUAAUCUAGUGUGAUUCAAUCUUGUCUCUCUGACCUUUAACGAAAGCCAAGUUCCUUUGUCUCCUUAAGGCUGGUACAGUUAAUGGGAGCUUUUUUGCAGCAAGCAGGGCGGCCAAAUUCAGAAUACAGAACAAGUUGGCACUUGCAGUUGAGGAUGUCAAACAGUUUGUCAAGUUUCACAGUGAAAGUCUCUUUGACAUCUAGCUUUCCUCUACCAAGAGGUAUGUUUUUGGCUUGAUCCCAGCUCUCUUGGAUCUUGUUGAAGAGUGUCACCUAAUACCUGAGGAUAUUAGGAGCCAGAUCCUUCUCUAAACCGUCCUGGAGAAAUUCCAACACCUGCGGCGCUGAAGCAGAGGCUGGGUCUACCUGGGCUGCCCUGCACCAGCUUACGAAGGAACUCCAGGUCGCAUCAUAAAUGCUCGUGGCCGACUUCCAUCGUGAAGCUUCGAUGGUCCUGAUCACCCUGGUUGAGAACUGGGCCUCCCUCAAUUGCUCCCAGUCAAGUGCCAAGCGGUUAUCUGGAGCCAUUCCGGAUCUGGAUGCUCCAGACUCCCCUGGUACAGAGCUACUACCCCCCCCCCCCGGGAAUCCUCCAAUGAAGUUGGACCGAGAGGUCCACCAGGUCCAGGAACCAUGGCCGUUGUGGCCAAUGGGGCGCUACCAGAACCAAUUCUGCCCCCUCUAUCACUAGCUUCCGCAGAACCCCAGAAAGGAGAGGAAGGGGGGAAAAGGCAUAAAGUCCGGGCGGUCAUCUGCAGCGAAGGACCUCGACAUCUACUGCUCCCCGAACCGGGAACUGCGAGAUGAAUCUCGGAACUUGGGCGUUCGACAGGGUGGCAGAGAUCCACAGUCAACCAACCGAACCUUUGACAGAUCUGCUCGAAUAUGCUGGGAUGUAACUGCCACUUCCCGGGUCCACCAUCCCUGCUGAGCCAAUCCGCCUGCCUGUUGUCCACCCCGGAGAUGUGUUCCGCCCGAAUUGAUAGGAGGUUCUGUUCCGCCCAGUUGCCCAGCCAGAUUGCUUUGUUGUGUAGUGCCAAUGAGUGCAUACCUCCCUGCUUGUUUACAUGGGCCUUGGCCGCCAUGUUGUCCGUCAAAACCAGAAUGUGCUGACCAACCGCCGCUUCCUUGAAGUACCGAAGCACCAGAUGAAUUGCCCUGAGCUUCAGCCAGUUGAUGUUCAUCCUCAAAUCCGUGGGGGUCCAUCUUCCCUGCACUAUCUGGGACUGCAGAUGUGCCCCCCAUCUGAACAGAAUCGCGUCUGUGGUCAGGACCAACCUGUCCAGCUCCCUGAAGAGGGAACCCUUGGUCAGAGCUGAGGACGUCAACCAAUGGAAGCAGAGAAACACCUGGGGUGGGACCAGAACCUUGAAGAUGGCAUUGCAUGUCCUGUCUCUCUGGUGAGGAGAUGAACUUGCCCAGGAGCCUGGAGAGAAGGACUACGGGAACAGAAAGUGUCUUGCGUAUUUCCUGGAUCAACUCCAAAAUACUGUCCUUACGCCCCUGUGACAAAAACACCUCACACACCAUCGAGUCAAUGAUUGCCCCUAAAUGCUGGAGUCUAGUGCUAGGGGUCAGAUAGCUCUUAUCUUGAUUAAUCGAGAACCUCAGGGUGUGCAAGGUGUCAAUGGUGAGAUUCAAAUCCCUCUUACCUCGGCCUGCUGAACUGGCCAGGACAAGGAUAUCAUCAAGAUAACAAUGUAGCCGGACAGGGAAGGAUCUAAGGUGACCUGCAGCUACGGCUAAAACUUUGGUGAAGGUUCGAGGGGCAGAUGUCAAACCAAAUGGGAGGGCCCUGUAUUGGUAGUGCUCUCCCCCAUAGGUGCAUCUGAGAAAUUUAUGAUGGGCCGGAGCGAUCAUAUGAAGGUAGGCCUCCGUGAGCUCAAUGGAGGCUAAAAUCUCACCCUGCCUGAUGCCCUCCAAAAUGGACUUGAGAGAAGCCAUCUUAAACUUGUGGUAUACCAGUUUGGGAUUUAACAAUUUAAAAUCUAGGAUGGCCCUCCAGCCCCCGGAACUCUUGGGAACUAGAAACAGGUUGGAAUAAAAACCUAGAGCCUUCUCUGUUUCCGGAACCAAUUCUACUGCCCUGAUGUCAAGCAAGUGUCGAAUGGCCUUACGCAUACGGGAACGUUUCUCUGGAAUCCUCGAGGAAGGGAAGAGACAGGACCUAUUCGGGGGUUGGGAACAAAACUCUUAACAGUAACCCAAACUCAAUUGUGUGAAGAACCCAAACAUCAGGAGUCAUGUGCUUCCAGUGAUCCGCAAACAAGGUAAGGCGGCUGCCUAUGGGGUGAUCCUGCCCUGAAUCACUUAUUUCUGCGGAAGGGACACCCUCCCCCCCCCCCCCGAAAGGGAUGCCUACUGGAUUGUUGAUACCUGUAUCUGUCCCUAGAAAAAUUCCUACCCCCCUGCCUGGGAUAUCCAGGAGCAGAGUCCCUCGACUGUUGGAAAUCCUGUUCAGGGGGUCAAUAUGAAGACCUCCUGGGGCAGGGCGUGGGGCGCUGGUCAUGGAGGGGAAGACCUUGUGCUUAUUCUUAUCCUUAAUCAGGAUAAGGACAAGGGAUGCACCAAACAGCUUGUCUCCCAUGUAUUCCGCCCCCGCCAAGUGCCACUUUGCCCGUGAUUCUGCCUGUCAGUUGUGCAGCCAGAGGAGUUGCCUGGAAGCUACCGAGGAGAAUAGGGCCCUGGAAGAAUACUUGACUGCAUCCAGCGUGGCAUCAUCUGAAAACUGAGUGGCUGCCAUCAGCUUCUUGAUGUCCUGCAGCAGCCGCACGUCAGAAGCGGGGGUUCUGCAUUGAAGCUGCUCCAGCCAAAGCAGAGGGGAUCUGUUAAAAAAGGAAGCGGCAGCCGCUGCCCUGAUUGCCCACGUUACGGCCCGAAAGGUCUUGCGUAGGACGAUUUCCGCUUUCUUAUCCUCUGCUUUGAGACAGUAAGAAAUGUCACCGGUAACCACCGCAGAGGCCAGCCACUGGGACAUCUAUGGAUGGAACCUGCAGUGCUUGAGCAAGAUUAAGAUGUUAAAAUCUGCGAUCAUUACUGCCUGGGGGUGGGGGUGGGGGUGGAAGGUGCCGGGUUUUGCCCAUUGAGUUUUGAGCACCUCCAUAAAUAGAUCAGGUGUAGGAAUCGCCUCUUUUUCCACUUGUGGUUUAUAAAAGGGACCCUUCUUGGUUCCCCCCCCCCGCACUGGAGGUAGGUGUAGCUGUUUGAGGGGGAGCUGGAGUAAAAUCCAGGUCUGCAGUAGCUCUGGCCUUGCAAAGAAUGGAACCAAACAAGGCGGGCGGAAACAAGCCUGUAAUAGGAGGAGCCUCAGGAACCUGGGAAUCCUCGUCCUCAGAGAAUGCUACAUCCUUCUGCCCUUCCUCUUCUAACCCCGACCCCUCACUAUCUAUGGAGGGGGAAUCCAAUCUGCGUCUCUAGAUGUAGAAGAUUGGGGUUGAUCUGGAUGACCUCGUGGGGUCCCGUGGGAAGACUUAUUUUCUAGAGGAUUGAAAUUGAUGCUAUAUACCUGAUGAGAUGCCCUGAGCAAUGGCCCUGAACAAUGGCCCAGGCAAUCACAUUUUGAAAAUCCUCAGAAAGCUCUGGGUAAGCUUGAGAGAGGCUGGGAGGCUCAGCGGACUGAGGAGCCAAGCAUGGCCUGGAAGAAUCCGUUGUUUUGUGGCCAAAGGGGUCUCCUCGAUGUCCUGAGGACUGGGCCGGAGACAGAGGCGGGGAUAAAGGGAUAACCUCCCUCUCUGAACUACGGGAAGAUUCUGGGGAGCCCGGUCGCACCCUUAGCGGUGGUAAUGGUCGAGGAGGAGAACGUGAUCUGGAUGGAGAAGGACUGACCUCCCUAAGCCUUCUGUUUGACGCCCUGGUAAUGCGUAGCUCUUUGCUAGGAACUCUCCUCCUAGCAGAUUUAGAGGUGGCCUUCUUAGAUGUGGGUCACCCCAUCGGUACAGGGAUUCCGCUCCGGACGGGCUCCUCUCUUGGAUCCGAAACCCCUGGUGAUCUAGGGGCAGCUGCCUCCCCACUCCUUGAUAGCCUCCGCCGUCGCUUUUACUUACGGAUAUUGCCUUCCCACCGCCUCUCUAUUCCAACCGGCUCAGCUCCUGUGUACAGUCCGAAGCUCCUUCGGACUUGUGCAAUCUGCUGCCUCGCCGCCGAUCCGUGGGUCGAAUAAGCCGGCUCACCACCGAUCGAAAGGUCCUCCCCGGAUUACCGGCAAAGCACAGGCCUUCUGGGUGCUUGCAGCGGCUGGAAACGAGCACACCAAUCCUUGCACCCCUCCACAUGUGUCCCAAUAUGGCCUCCUCCUCACAAAAUGGCGACCCCUGACCAUGCGGUCCGAUGCUGAGCCGGCUCUGACUGAGCUGCUUGCCCCGAGUCCCUAGGGCUGAUCUGCGAGCCCUACCGAUGGGCUUAGGGGUCACACUGUGCUGCGCUCUCCGGCGCGCGACCUGGAGCCUCGCCUUUAACCGGCCAGCGGUUCAGGAAUUCCCUGAAUGCAACAAGCCUGACUUGUGGAUAAAACAAAAACUUUAGACAAUACAGAGAUGCAAGGAGAGAGGUAGGAGGAAUCACAGAUGGAAGA